AUGUGCGGACGGUAUGCAUUGGCACUGCGGCCCCAGCAGGUCCGCGCCUACCUCGAAGAUGCCCAGAUGCCCGUCUAUGAUGCGCCCGAAGACGACGCCGACGAUGCCCCUCGACAAAGCUACAAUUUCGCACCAGGAUACUAUGGUCUUGUAUAUCGAGCGGACACGCCAGACCACGGAGCUGGACCGAGACAGCAUAAGGAGGGCGGGGUGGAGGAGGAAUCAAUAGUGGAGGAUGUAGAUGCAGGUUCGAAUCACGACGAAGCUCCCACCUCUUCAGCUGCCGAAGGUCAGGUUCGGUAUAAACUCCAGGCCAUGAAAUGGGGACUCAUCCCGUUCUGGACGAAACGUAACCCCGACUACGGAUCAAUGAUGAAGACAAUUAACUGUCGGGACGACUCGUUACUGGAUAACAAAGGCAUGUGGACGAGCAUGAAGCAGAAGAAGAGGUGUGUUGUUGUUUUUCAGGGCUUUUAUGAGUGGUUGAAGAAGGGGAAAGAGAAAGUGCCGCACUUUAUAAAGAGGAAGGAUGGGCAAUUGAUGUGUGUUGCUGGGUUGUGGGAUUGUGUGCAGUAUGAAGGAACUGACGAGAAGCACUACACUUACACGAUCAUCACUACUGACUCCAACAAGCAACUCAAAUUCCUCCAUGAUCGUAUGCCUGUGGUUCUGGAAAAUGGAUCAGAAGAAAUGAGGACUUGGCUUGAUCCAGGCAGGCAUAAUUGGUCGAAAGAGUUGCAGGGCUUGCUAAAACCUUAUGAUGGCGAACUUGAAGUCUAUGCAGUUAGCAAGGAAGUCGGCAAAGUAGGCAAUAAUUCACCUACUUUCAUCAUCCCCGUGGCGAGUAGCGAGAACAAGUCCAACAUCGCGAAUUUUUUUGCCAAAGGAGCAGCGAAAAGCGAAUCAAACUCCUCAAAGCCCGAAUCCACGGAGGAAAAACCAGUAGUCAAAGAUGAUGCCAAGACAGAGAAUUCCUCGACGCCAAUCAAGCAUGAAGAAGGAGAAGAUCGCAAGACAGUCGACCACAGUGGCACAGAAGACAACGCGCCUCUUCCUGUUCCAAAAGAAGAGUCAAAACAAGGCAUCAAGCGAGAAUCAGACGAUGUGACAACAACGGACGAACCGCCGAAUAAGAUUUCAAGAACCUCUGCUAGUCCGAGCAAGAGCGCCACUUCAAUGAAGUCAACUCGCAAGAUAAGGAGUGCUACGAGUAACAAUACAGCCAGUCCGUCGAAGGCUACUGGGAAAGAUAAGGGGAGUCAGAAGAUUACGAGUUUCUUUGGGAAGUGA